AUAUGCAAGUUAAAAACAACCCAAGGUUGAGAGUUUCCCUUUAAUGGCUGCCUCAUUUGUAAGAGAAGAAUUGAAUUUAGUCCUAGUGGGAUUUGCGGGAGGUGGUAAGACCAGUACAGCUAAUACUAUCCUAGGAAAAAAAGAAUUUGUAGUAUCGCCCACUUCAAAGGUGGCCAGUGCCCAGGGUCAUCGGAUAGGCAUUGACUUCAACCUCAUAGACACACCCGGUCUCCUGACCACAAAGGAUAUUGAGCAUCUACAUCAAAAUAUCACAACUCGGGAUGGAAUUAAGAUAUGUUUUCUAGUAGUCAUCAAACUAAAACGUUUUACCGAUGAAGAGAGUUUUGCCCUCAGUGAAAUGUUACGGAGAAAUCCUACUAUGCUUAAAAGAACUGUGGUCGUCUUCACGAACCUGGGAGAAAUUGAGGACAAAGACACAGUAGUUGAUAGAGCCAUUGACCGCUUUUUGAAAAGAAACUAUACACUACUUUCUUUUCUGAAAAGGUACAAUCUCUCAUAUGUGGGACUUGAGAACAAAUUUGCGAGCGAAAACGACAAAGAAAAAAGAGUAAAAGUCAUUUUAGAGGCGGUGAAAAAGUACGCAAAUGUCUUGGAAGACAAUGGUAAGACCAGUAUUAAACAAGACAGUCGUCCAAAAGCUGAUCACAAAGUCCUCAACACAGAGAGAUCUGAGGAAGGAGAAGAUUCUGUAAAAAGAAAGGGGCUCUAUGAGGAAAAUGAAAGUCAUCAUAGUGAUAUGUCAAUUGAUGAUCACGUGGCCAGAAUUGUCCAGCAGAAACUGGACAUCAUGUUACCGAUGUUGAAGAAGGAGAUUAAAGAGGAAAUUGAAAACCACCUUCGCAAGGAGAUACGAGAAGAAAUACUUCCCUCCGUUAGAGAUGAAAUUAAAAAUGAAUUUUACAAAAAUGUUUAA